AACUUUGUCACUGGUCUUGUCCUUGCAUGAAAGAAGAUUGUAUUUUGACCAGGACAGUGAUGCGAUCUGGUGAAUAAUACUAUGUUUAUGCCCUGAGGAGACAAUUUGUACUUCUCUCUGAGGCUCCGACUUCAUGCCCAUCAACUAUAUACAUAUAACUCAUGAAAAGAAACAAAAGAACGGAAAAAGAAAAAGGAAUAAUAGACCCACAGGAGCAGACCAUGUAUGGAGCAGACUGGAGGUCUGGAGCAAGGCACAAAUCUGAAAGCCUUGUUGAGUGGAAUAUUUGGCAAAAACCAUUAGCGAAAACACUUUGUUACCGUUUGUCAAAAUAUGUUGCUUGACCAUGCUUGGACUUGUCCACUUAGACAGCUAAAUGUCCUUAUCAACCAACAUGUUGCUCUCCUGUAUAUAAGUUAAUCAUCUACUAUAGUAUAUAUGGUAUGGAUGAUGAAUUUAUGGCAGAAAAAUAAUAAUUGAAUUUUACCAUGAGUGGACAUGCUGUUGGCCAGCUCAUGCAUUAAAUAAUUGGUGUGGCGUUGAACAUAUUACUAAGCUCUCAUCUUAAGUGGGAACGUGAUGACUGAUGAAUGGAACAAAUGAAGGCCAUGAUCUUCUGUUCAUUUCCAUUGGUUGAUGCAAACUCCUAGAACCUCAUGCACCCGGGACAGUGGAAUUAAUACACUUCUACGAUAGGUUGUGCAGUCAUAAAAUGUGGUGAAAAAACCCUAAUGUAAACCCUUUUGGAUUCCUACUCUAUGUUAGGCUGUGCAGUCUGAAAAAAUGCAUUAUGAAAUCAAUUUUAGAAUAAUCCAAUUUGUUUGCAAUUACAAUUUGGUUCUGUUUCUGAAACUUAAGUGCAGCUGUAACUCUUCUUAAUGAGUUAUUUACAGUAAGAAACGUUUUCAGUUUGUCAGUGUUAGUAAUGCUGGUCUAUAACUGGAGUACGCCUUGUACACGUCAUAUAAUGUUGCCACUUUAUCUACUAGAUUAUCACAUUUGUAGGGAUGCUUGCUUUUUCGUGCAAUAUUAGUGAUUUAAUUCUAACCUUGUCACUGUUCUUGUCCUUGCACGAAAGAAGAUUGUAUUCGACCAGGACAACGAUGGCGAUCGAGUGAACAGUACCAAGUUUACGCCCUGAGGAGACGAUGUCUACUUCUCUCUGAGGCUCUGAUUUUCUGCCCAUCAACUACAUAACUUAUGUAAAGAAAACAAAAGAACGGAAAAAGAAAAAAGAGCACUUGUUGAGUGGACCGUGUAUGGAGCAGGCUGGAGGUGGAACAAGGCACACAUCUGAAAGCCUUGUUAAGUGGAAUGUUUGGCAAAAGCCAUUAGUGAAAGCACAUGGUUACCAUUUGUCAUUAUCGAUUAGUCAAAAUAGGUUGCUUGACCCUGCUUGGACUUGUCCACUUAGACAGAUAACUGUCCUGAUCAACUAACAGGUUGCUCUCCUAUUUGUAAACAAAACCAACCACCACUACUGGAGAACUGCAGAAACAGCGAGUAUAGCAUGGAGAUGAGAGCAACGCGAAGCUUCUUUGCUUGAGAUAGAUUGUGCUUACACGUGAAGAAAAUGAACUGCAAGUCUUCUAUCUCUCUCUUAUUUGCUGCACUGAUCCCCUACAUGUUCCUGGUAUUUGAUGCAAGUCAAGCUGCAGUUCCAACGGAUACCCUUCUUCCUGGCCAAUCUAUCUCGGGCAGCGAAAUUUUGGUCUCCGAGAAUGGUGUAUUUGAGUUGGGGUUCUUCUCCCCGUCCCCAGGUGCCAUGAAGCACUACUUGGGCAUACAGUACAAGAACCUGAUAGGCAGCCACCGAGCUAUGUUCUGGCUGGGGAACAGAAUCCCUAUCACCAGCUUCCUCAACACAACCUUGUACCUUGCCGCAGGUGAAUUAUAUAUCGAGGAGCUUGGUUCUGUUCUCUGGACCUCGGGUUCAGCAACAAAUGGAUCAGCCGGUUCUGUGGCGGUUCUCCUUAACACUGGGAAUUUUGUUGUGAGAGAUCAGACCAACCAUUCUAAGGUCAUAUGGCAGAGCUUUGAUCAUCCAGCUGAUGCUCUGCUACCUGGAGCAUGGCUAGGAUUGGACAUGGCCACCGGAGCACACAUCUCACUUACUUUAUCCAAGCCUCCUUACCAUUGCACCCUCGUGAUUGACCAGAGUAGGAAGAUGGGAUUUGUCAUGUCCAUUGAUGGGCAUGACCAUCUUGGUACCUUUCCAGACGGGAUGGUAACAUAGGGGAGAAGAAGGCGGUUUGGUCUGGCUAAAUUAUCCAGAGAACCCAAAUGAUCUCCAAUUCAUGAGACUGCAUAUGGGGCAAGUCAGUCUGCUGAGGUGGGUAAAUAAUGCGACGAUUACUGGUUGGCAACCUCUGUGGAGCUAUCCCUCCAGCUGCAAAAUCAGUGCUUUCUAUUGCGGCGCAUUCAGUGCUUGCACAAGCGCAGGAACAUGUGCGUGCAUUGAUGGUUUCAGACCAAGUGAUCCAGAUGAAUGGAGGCUUGGGCAAUUUGUUAGCGGCUGCUCUAGAGUAAUACCCUCAGAUUGCGAAGACGGCAUCUCCACCGACUCGUUUGUUUUGUUAGACAACCUGCAAGGCCUUCCUGCCAACCCUCAAGAUACAAGCGAAGAAACUAGUGAAGACUGUGAAGCAACCUGUCUGAGCCAAUGCUAUUGCGUCGCAUAUUCCUAUGAUCUCUCUGGAUGCAAGAUAUGGUAUAAUGUGUUGCUUAAUUUGACUUUUGGAAAUGGUACCAUUCACCACACCAAGAUUUCCAUGCGUAUAGGUUCUCAUGGUAAAAGGCGGCAAGGACACAUACAGCAUGUCAUGUUGGUUAUUGGUCCAAUAGUUGUUGGUCUUCUUAUCAUGCUGGUGAUUUUCUGGCUGUACAAGAUAUCUUCAAGACAGACUAAAGUGGAUGGUUUUCUUGCUGUUUACACCUAUACGCAGCUCAAGAGAGCCACAAGAAAUUUCUCUGACAAACUCGGCGAAGGAGGCUUUGGAAGUGUAUUCAAGGGAACAGUUGCAGGUCCAACUGAUGUAGCCGUGAAGGAGCUUAAAAGCUUCGGGCACAGAGAUAAGCAAUUCCGAGCAGAAGUACAGACUCUUGGGCUGAUUCAACACACCAAUCUUGUGCGCCUGUUCGGAUUCUGCAGCGAAGGGACCAGAAGGCUGCUGGUCUAUGAGUAUAUGGCAAAUGGUUCCUUGAAUUCUCAUCUCUUUUCAGAGGGAACAAGCAUAUUGAGCUGGAAUCUUCGCCGUCGCAUUGCCAUUGGUGUGGGUAAAGGUCUUUCCUAUCUGCACGAGGAAUGCAGGGACUGCAUCAUACACUGCGACAUCAAGCCCGAGAACAUACUACUGGAUGCUGAAUUCUGCCACAAAAUCGCAGAUUUUGGCAUGGCGAAGCUUCUCGGACGGGACAUGAGCACGGCACUGACCACCCUCCGUGGAACCAUCGGCUAUCUCGCACCGGAGUGGGUGUAUGGUCAGCCUAUCACUCACAAGGCAGAUGUCUACAGCUUUGGUGUUGUGCUCCUCGAAUUGAUCUCCGGGAGGAGGGCUACCGGGAAUGGAAAUCAUCGGUACUUCCCCCUUUAUGCUGCAGCUAAGGUGAACGAAGGAGAUGUCUUGUGCUUGCUCGAUGGCCGGCUACGAGGAGAUGGCAAUGAAAAAGAGCUGGAUGUUGCCUGUAGGGUUGCUUGCUGGUGCAUCCAGGAUGAUGAGAUCCACAGGCCAUCAAUGGGGCAAGCUGUACGCAUGCUGGAAGGCGCCGUUGACGUUGAGUUGCCUCCAAUUCCAACUUCAUUUCAGAACAUUAUGGACGGGGGCGACAGUGGCACAUAUUCUGCAGAAGUGUGAUCUGAGCUCUCCUCGACUUACGGGUAGAUGUCGCCAUAUACUAUAUGACUACCCUGAGAAUUAAAGUUGCAUUUGCAUCCGGCUAUAGUAUUUAUGAUCAGAAGCA